AUAAUAUAGAUGUGUUUCACCUGAACAUAUCCAAUGCGAAUAUUUUAUCCUCAUAAAGAAAUAAACAUUCUAGGUGGACGUUGAGAGUUCAAGUUCCUCACUAUAAAAAGAAAAAAUAUAGUAAAAAGCAGCCAUAAUUGAACGUCUAUUAAAGACUUUACCGCCAUAUUAAUAUGAAGCCGAGACUGAAUGGCGUUCAAUUGAGGAUGAAGAGUUGGCUUCAGGAAAAUGGCGAAAAGAAUUCCAUUAUACCUCUAAAGGUUCUUUCCAAUUCAAGAGAAAGAAAUCGUGGUUCUUCUGUGUCGUUGGGAGAAGCCAGACAUUCCUACGACAGGGAGGAAGCCGACUCCUUAAUUUCAAUACAUGAGGAUUCUCAACAGGAUAUGGAUGCCAAUUUUGAAUCUGGCUUUCGAAUGAUAGAAGUAGGACGUCCUAAUCCUCUCCACGGCACCAAUGCCGUGACAAAUACGAAAUAUGAUGCUUUUAGCUUUCUUCCCAAAUGUCUAUUCGAACAGUUUCGCUAUUUUUAUAACAUGUACUUUCUAUUGGUUUCUUUAUCACAGCUUAUCCCUCCUUUAAAAAUUGGGUACCUAUCAACUUAUAUCGCUCCUUUGAUUUUUGUGUUGAUGAUCACGCUGACAAAAGAAGCUAUCGAUGAUUUAAAACGGCGAAGAAGGGAUUCAUAUGCUAACAAUGAAAUAUAUAUCGUUAACAACAAUCCCUGCACAGCUCAGAAUAUUCAGGUAGGUGAUGUAGUGCUCAUAUCAAAGGAUCAAAGAGUACCCGCAGAUAUGGUUCUUAUGCACACAUCUGUUGGAAACGAAGCUUUUAUUCGGACAGAUCAGCUUGAUGGAGAAACUGAUUGGAAACUUCGAAUACCCUGCUCAAAUCAGUAUUCGCAUGGAAUCAUUCAUGCAGAUUCCCCAAUCAAGUCUGUCCAUCACUUUUAUGGUACCUUUACUUUAAAUGAUAAUAGAAGACCACUUACUGUGGAUAAUACACUUUGGGCGAAUACCGUGUUAGCCAGUGAAGCGGUUUAUGGUGUUGUCAUUUAUACUGGCAAAGAUACCCGUCAAUCCUUGAAUAGUUCAAAAGCUAAAACAAAAGUUGGCUUGCUUGAGAAAGAAAUUAACUUUUAUUCUAAAAUUCUUUGCAUGAUCGUUCUUGCACUUUCCGUAAUACUCACAUUCAGCCAUGGAAUACGAGAAAAUUGGUACAUUGCAAUCUUCAGAUACUUGAUAUUGUUUUCGAGCAUUAUUCCAAUAAAUUUACGUGUGAAUCUAGAUAUCGCUAAAAUUGUUCAUUCUAAACAUACCGAAGCGGAUCCUAAUUUACCUGAUGUUGUUGUGCGCAGUAGUAAUAUUCCGGAAGAACUUGGUAGAAUUGAGUACUUGUUAACAGACAAAACGGGUACUUUAACGCAAAACGAAAUGGAAUUAAAAAAACUGCAGUUGGGAGUCGUCGGGUUUUCCAACGAAUCAAUGGAUGUUGUUCAGGCUUGUGUGAACGAAUCCACGGCUCAUAUUCCAUUGAGUGAUGAUACCAAAGACCUUGUCCGGGAAACCGUUCUAGCGCUUUCCUUAUGCCAUAACGUAACUCCAUCUGAGACUACUGAUGGCUCCGUCAGUUUCCAAGCCGCAAGUCCUGACGAGGUUGCAAUAGUACGAUGGACAAGUAGCAUGGGCUUGGUCUUGACACAUCGUAAUCGAACAAGUAUAACCAUUAAUACAUCUUCUUACGAGAUUUUACAACUUUUUCCAUUCAAAUCUGAAACGAAGAGAAUGGGAAUCGUCGUCCGUUCACCAGAAGGGCAAAUUACGUUUUACCUUAAAGGCGCGGAUUCUGUUAUGCAGCAAUUCAUAAGUCCAAGCUUCUGGCUUGAUGAAGAAUGUGGAAACAUGGCCAGGGAAGGGCUUCGAACAUUGGUAGUCGCAAAAAAAGACUUGACUAAUGAAGAAUAUAAUACAUUUGCUACUGUUUAUGCUGAAGCAAGCGUUUCUUUCUCUGGAUCAAGAGAUAAGAAGAUGGAAGGAGUCGUUUCAAAGUAUUUGGAGAACGACAUGGAUUUGCUUGGGCUUACUGGUGUUGAAGACAAACUCCAAAAGGAUGUCAAGGUAACACUAGAAUUACUUAGAAAUGCGGGUAUACAUGUUUGGAUGCUUACGGGAGAUAAGGUAGAAACUGCUAGAUGUAUAGCCAUAUCAUCAAGGCUUGUUUCUCGAGGUCAGUACAUUCAUACUAUUGCUAAGCUCAAUUCUCGAGAGGACGCGCAGAGCCAGUUAAUGAUACUAGCUGGGAAACCAGAUAGCUGUCUCAUAAUAGACGGAGAAUCCAUGGAGUUCUGUGUCGGAUAUUUGAAAGAUGAAUUCAUAGAAGCAAUCUCUAACCUAUCUUGUGUGGUAAUUUGCAGAUGUACGCCUACCCAAAAAGCAAACAUGACGCGUCUGAUUCAGAAGAAGAAAUCUGCUUCUGUUUGUUGUAUUGGUGAUGGAGGUAACGAUGUCGGGAUGAUUCAAGUUGCAAAUAUCGGUGUCGGUGUAGUUGGUAAAGAGGGUCAACAGGCCAGUCUAGCUGCUGACUAUAGCAUAAAAGAAUUUAGCCACAUUGCUCGUUUACUCUUAUGGCAUGGUCGUAUAAGCUACAAACAAACAUCGAAGUUGGCAAUGUUCGUUAUUCACCGAGGCUUAAUUAUUUCCAUUUGUCAGGUUGUGUACAGUAUAAUAUCGAAUUUUGAGCCCAUCGCUUUGUUUCAAGGACUGUUGUUGGUUGGGUACUCCACGAUGUAUACGAUGUUACCGGUUUUCUCCAUUGUUUAUGAUAGAGAUGUGAGUGAAAAAUUAGUGUUUCUAUUUCCGGAGCUUUACAAAGAGAUGAGGGAAGAUAAAUGCUUUUCUAUUAAAUCGUUUAUGUCUUGCGUGUUAAUCAGUAUUUAUCAAGGUGUAAUAAUACAAGUGAUUACUUACGUACUCGUCGGAUUUGACGUCGAAGGUGAAAUGCUAGCUGUUUGUUUCUCCUGUCUAAUAUUAAACGAGCUAAUUAUGGUAGCACUGCAGAUCAACAGAUGGGAUCAAACAAUAGUUAUGUCAGAAAUGCUAAGUCUAAUGAUCUAUACCCUGAGCGUUCCUUUCUUGACUGAUUAUUUUGACUUGAAAUUUUUUCUGGGACUCAAGUUUUACUGGGUGUCAGCUCUUAUAUUAUUUAUCAGCCUCUUACCUGUUUGGAGUGGAAGAGCUCUGAAGCAAAAACUGAAGCCUUCAAGUUAUGCAAAAUUGCAAAGGUAAUGUACUUUUAUUUAAUACUGUUCGCAUAAUGUAUAUACGUUAGUUAUG